AUCAUGAGGUCAAAGGUCAAAAUGUUGAGAUCGUCGGCCGUCUAUUUUGAUAUAAAAAAUCUACACUUAAGCCGAUCUAAACUCAAACAAUCAUCGCAAGUGUCGGCCCUGUUAUCUGGGUUUGCAUUAGUAGCUAUGGUGGAAAUGGAUGUCAAAACUGAUGGUCCCAAUAAAGUACCGUUUGCUCUACUAUUGACGUUCAUAAUAGUUACUACACUACUAGUAUCGGUACAUAUGUUAGCCUUGAUGAUAUCAACGUGUAUACUACCCCAUAUCGAUGCAGUGGCCAGUAUGGGUGAUAGUGGUGAUGGUGAUGAUGGUGGCGGAGCUCAGGUAGCCUACGAUGAGUCGCCACAUCGAAAGAUGAAACACUAUACCUCUAUUGCCUGGUUUUUCUCGACAUUUAUCGGUAUAUUCCUGUUCCUACUGGAGCUGACUAUCAUUGUUUGGGUGAAAUUUUGGUAUCUAUACAGGGGUUGGGUAGCCAUAGUGUCGACAAUCCUAUUGCUGCCCGUUAUCGGCGCCUUCCUAUUUUUUGCCUACAAUUUCUAUCAUCAAUUGGUCAACUAUAAGGUUCAUCGGACGGAACUAGUACUGGAAGAGUUGGAACAGUUAGCUAAACAGUUAGACAACACCACUACUACCACCACUACUACUACCAGUGCUAUUAGUAGUAGUACUACC